AUGAACAUACCAUUUCCAAUGUUAACUCCACGUUUAGUGGACCCAUCUUGGUUCAACGCAGAUAGCCCCUGUGAUGAAGAAACGGAAUUAACUGCUCUUGAACAAGCAAAUCAACAUUGGUUAAACUCAAUAGGCCAACAGUACAUGAAGCGUGCUCCACUCGGUAAAGCUGAUCCCGAACCAAUGGAGGAGGAAGCUGAUACGGAUGAAGAAGAAGCGCCUAAAACAAUUUUAAAUAUUAUUAUUGACAAAAUCCUAAUUGCCUGUGAAUCUAUGUUACAGAUGCUGUUGUUAACAAUUAAUUGUUCUAUGGCUGAGGAAGAAAAGUUCAUGCAUUUGAAUAACUGGAAAGUUGUCUGGGAUGCCUUAAAUGGAUUAAUGACCUGA